UGUGUUUUGUCUAGAAUCGUAAUUUUAAUGUCAUCGGGCAUUUAGUGUUUUGAAGUAUCGUGGCAUAAAGCAGAUUUAAGUUAAUCUGCUUCAUUCAAUACACAACAUGGUAGGGAAACCCAACAAGAUGUAUGUUUUUAAGCGAGAUGGCCGCAAGGAAGAAAUUCAUUUUGAUAAAAUCACUUCAAGGAUUCAAAAGCUAUGUUACGGAUUGAACAUGGAUUUUGUAGACCCUGUCUCAAUAACAUUAAAAGUCAUAAAUGGAUUAUAUACUGGAGUUACAACUCAAGAACUUGAUAAUCUGGCCGCAGAAACUGCUGCUACCAUGACAACAAAUCAUGCUGAUUAUGCCGUUCUUGCAGCACGAAUAGCUGUUUCAAACUUGCACAAAGAAACAAAGAAACAAUUUUCAGAUGUCAUGGAUGAUUUGUACAAUAUGACUAAUGAGUAUACUAAAAAGAGGUCACCAAUGAUAUCAGAUUUUCAUCAUAAAAUAAUAAUGGAUAAUGCAGAUCGCAUUAACUCUGCUAUUAUUUAUGAUAGAGAUUUCAGUUACAAUUACUUUGGUUUCAAGACAUUGGAGCGUUCUUAUUUAUUAAAAAUUAAUGGAAAAGUAGUUGAACGACCACAACAUAUGCUAAUGCGUGUAGCUAUUGGAAUCCAUGGCGAAAACAUUGAUGCAGCAAUAGAUACCUAUAACUUAUUAUCUGAAAAAUAUUUUACUCAUGCCAGUCCAACAUUAUUUGCUGCUGCUACGCCGAGAUCUCAAUUAUCAAGUUGUUUUCUACUUGCUAUGCAAGAAGAUAGUAUUGAAGGGAUUUAUGAUACUUUAAAACAAUGUGCUCUUAUAUCGAAAUCUGCUGGCGGCAUUGGAGUACACGUUCAUUGCAUUCGUGGAAAAAGCACUUACAUUGCAGGAACCAAUGGAAUUUCUAAUGGGCUUGUUCCUAUGCUCCGUGUUUUCAACAAUACUGCCAGAUAUGUAGAUCAAGGUGGAAAUAAACGUCCAGGCGCCUUUGCUAUUUAUUUAGAACCGUGGCAUUCAGACAUAUUUGAAUUUUUGGAUCUAAAAAAAAAUACUGGUAAAGAAGAAGUUCGUGCAAGAGAUUUAUUUUAUGCUUUGUGGAUUCCUGAUUUAUUCAUGGAACGAGUUGAAGCAAAUGGAGAUUGGUGUUUGAUGUGCCCUCAUGAAUCACCAGGCUUAAGUGACUGUUGGGGGGAUGAGUUCAAAAGUUUAUAUGAGAAAUAUGAGAAGGAAGGAAGAUAUAAAAAUAAAGUUAAAGCACAACAACUAUGGUUUGCUAUAAUAGAAUCACAAGUUGAAACAGGGACACCUUAUAUGCUGUAUAAAGAUGCAUGCAAUCGCAAAAGUAAUCAACAAAACUUGGGAACAAUUAAAUCAAGCAACUUAUGUACUGAAAUAGUUGAGUACACAUCUAAAGAUGAAAUUGCAGUUUGUAAUUUAGCUUCUAUAGCAGUUAAUAUGUUUGUGAAAUCUGAUAAGACAUAUGAUUUUGAUAAGUUGAAGUAUGUCACAAAAGUAGUGACAAAGAAUUUAAACAAGAUCAUAGAUGUCAAUUAUUAUCCGGUACCUGAAGCCAAAAAUUCUAACAUGAGGCAUCGUCCAAUUGGAAUUGGAGUGCAAGGUUUGGCUGAUGCAUUUAUUUUAAUGAGAUAUCCAUUUGAAAGCGAAGAAGCGCAAAUGUUGAAUAAACAGAUAUUUGAGACAUUAUAUUUUGGAGCUUUGGAAGCAAGCUGUGAAAUUGCUGAACAAGAUGGACCUUAUAGUACUUAUGAAGGCUGCCCAGUAAGCAAAGGAAUUCUACAAUAUGAUAUGUGGGGUGUAACCCCAACUAGUUUAUGGGAUUGGUCUCAAUUAAAAGAAAAGAUAUCGAAACAUGGUAUUAGAAAUUCUUUACUUCUAGCACCUAUGCCUACUGCUUCUACUGCCCAAAUAUUAGGAAAUAAUGAAUCCUUUGAACCAUAUACAUCAAAUGUAUACAAUAGACGUGUAUUAUCUGGUGAGUUUCAAGUUGUCAAUCAUCAUUUACUGCGAGAUCUUACUGAAUGUGAUUUGUGGGAUGACGACAUGAAGAACAAAAUUAUUGGCGCAAAUGGUUCAAUUCAACAAAUUGAAUCUAUUCCAAAAAAUAUACGAGAUCUAUAUAAGACAGUUUGGGAAAUCUCUAAUAAAGUUUUGAUCAAUAUGGCUGCUGAUCGAGGUGCUUUCAUAGAUCAAAGUCAGUCAUUUAAUAUACAUGUUGCUGAACCAAACUAUGGUAAACUAACUUCAAUACAUUUCUAUGGUUGGAAAAAGGGACUUAAAACGGGCAUGUAUUAUUUGCGGACUAAACCAGCAGCACAAGCUAUACAAUUUACAGUUGAUAAGAGAAAGUUGGACAAUAAAGUUCCUAAUGGUAAAGUUGAAUCAAUAGAAAAUGGUGUGAAUGAUCUAAGAAUGGCUGAGAUGGUUUGCUCACUUCAAAAUAAAGACGAAUGCAUGAUGUGCGGUUCAUGAAUUAAUUUUAUCGCAUAAUAAUUAGGUUAAUAUUUUCUCACGCUUAUCUUGUAUUUUAU